AGUAGUAUCUUCAUUAGAGAUACAGAAAGGGAAUCAGUGGAACUUACGUAAUACGGGUGUGGCGCGAGGAGCUUUAAUUCUCAGAAAUUUGGCACCUAACAAAGGUUCUUCUGCCAUGGGCUCUCCAGCUGCAAAUCCCAAGAUUCUGUAUCGGAAUUCCCGCCUCCUUCGUAUGGUGUUCCUGCAGCUCCAUCGGCAACAGAGGGCUGACUUAUUUUGUGAUGUUGUCCUGCAAGCAGAAGGAGAGGCUGUUCCUGCACACUGUUGUAUCCUGUCAGCCUGCAGCCCCUUCUUCACAGAGCGUUUGGAGCGUGAGAUGCCUCCCAAGGGACAUAAGGUUGUGCUGGAGCUCCGGGGACUGAAGAUUGGGCCACUGCGUAAGCUGGUGGAUUUCCUCUACACCUCUGAGAUGGAAGUGUCCCGGGAAGAAGCCCAGGAUGUUCUUGCAGCUGCCCGGCAGCUUCAGGUGUCGGAGCUAGAAUCUCUACAGCUAGAGGGAGGAAAGCUGGUAAAAAAAGCACUGGGCCGGCGUUUGAACCGGGAGUGCCUGCAGUUGUCCAGUCCUGUGUCCAUUCCAGAGGAAAAUCUGAUGCAGUCUCUUCCUGCCUCUCGUGUUAGGUGUCUGACAUCCCACCUACUUGCAAGUAGGCAGCAGACAGCACUGCAGCAUCCAUGCACCAAGGAAACAGGGAACAGUAGCAGUGCUAGCCAGAAAGAGACUGUCAAGGAAAAAUCGGUCAUUAAGAGUGAAGACAAACCAGCAAUUAAGAGUGAAGACAAAUACCAGAUGCCUGCAGAUGCAUCAGCUAUGGCAGAGUUCCUAACACCCAAAGCUAAAAAGCAUAGUGUAGGUGCAGUAAAGGAUAUAAUGGGCAAUGAGGAAACUGGCAAUCUGUCAACAGAACAGGCCAGGCCCAGGGUUAAGCAAGCCAUGGCUGGCUUGCAAGAGUCAAAAAAGAUCAAGCUGAGCCGCCCAAAACUCUCGUCACCGCCUUUACCCAUGCCAUGCACCCCUGAAGACCAUGGUGUUAUUGUUUCCCAUAAAAUCUCAAAGUCCACUAGACGCCUUUGGCGUAAGAAAAGUUCUCCUGUGAAGGAUGACACCAAAGAAGCUGAAGUGCUUAGGCAUUUGCAUGGCUUCCUGAGUCCCUCACUGCUUCCAAAAGCUACUAAGGGUAGAAAACGCAGCGCCAGUGAGCCAGCUCCGAGCAUAAACCAUCCCCAAGAGGCUGGUCAGGUUCACCGAGUGAAGCUUAGGAAGGUUAUUAAUGGCAGUUGCUGGGAGGUGGUGCAAGAGCCAUCUGCUGCACAUCCCAUAAGAGCAGCAGAUUCUGUGCAUGUUUUGACAGAGGCCUCCCCACCUCAACCCAAAUAUACAGAGCAAGAGGUAACAGCCACACAUCAGCAAGCUAGCUCUACUAAACAUCUGCUUGCAAAAGCAGAGAGUUCAUCUUUCACUGGGAAGAGUCUGGUAGGAAAGGCUGGGAGUGCUGUGACCUUAGCUGACAGAGGCUCAUACCAGCUGCUCAUGCGAGACCAAUUAGCUGAGGGUGAAGGAUAUGACAGUCUGGCUUCUACUGGGGAGCUGGAACACAUGCUAGAUUUGCUUUUGGCCGAUGAUGAUGCUGUUGAGGCGUCCCAAGACACCAUUGUUCCAGAGGGCAUGCCUGCCUCAGGCCCUGCACCAAAGACAAGUAACAGUCCAUUAGGAAAUGCUGGAGCUGAGGGAAAAUGCUGGUGCUCUGCAGGAGUGUGUGUUUGUCCACAGUGGAUCAAGGAAGAAAAGAGUCCCCCCCAAGGAGAGGAGGGGUGUGCUGCCUCCAAGAUCAGUGAAGGAACUCCUGGUUUGACAAAUGGAGUUCCCUUUCCGGACCCUGUUCAUAGUUGCCUUCCACUUUCGACGUAUCAAUCCAGUAAUGAUUGCCUUCCGUUAUGCAGCCUUACUUCUCCCCAGCAGGAAAGUUUGACAGCUCAUCACCGGUUGCCUGAGUUGGCAAAUGGGGCUACAAGACUUACUGCCCCCUUGCUCAGCCAUGAGAACCAAGGGCUUCCAUCCUGUGGAGAGGCUACCUCAAGUGCAGAAACAAAGCCACAACCUCAGGCAUUCCUAAGGAAUCCCUUGCAGCAUCACUUGGACUGUAAGCUGCUUCCCCAGUUAGUCAUCUUAGAAGAGGAUGAGAUAGAUGUUGGUGGGGUAGAGGAUUUCUUCCUUAAUAAUGAAUGUGUCCGGCCAGAUACCUCUCCAAUGUCUGAAAAUGAGGUGGAUAUUAUGAACUAGUGAGGGCAGGACUGGGGACAAGCAGAUGCCUUGGGUCUGCGUUAAUGUGUGGUGUCUCUCAGCAUUAACACUUAAGUUCUGUGGCAAGUUGCAAUAGGCAUAUGAUUAACAACCAUGCAUAGUGUUUAGGUACUAGUUUAGAUUCUAACAAAGAUAUGCUGAAAAGAAAGCUCCCUCUGAAAUGUGGAGGGGAGGAGCUGGUCAGGAAUAACACCAUCUCUCAGCACUCCUUAUAUGUAAAAACAGUCCAGCAGGCUUUCUGGGAAUCUGCUAGGUGGCGUCUGUCAGGGGAAGUGGUCAAUUGGAGGAUAGGGCUGAGAUAGCAGCCAAAUUUAAGUGUUAGAUUCCUUGCAUCAGUUGGUGGACUACCACGACCAUUGUGACUAUACUCUUUUCCUGCACUGGUACCUGAGGCUGUCCUUUGAUACAUUUUGCCACAGCUGCUGCUUUGGCUGUGCUUGUAGCAGAUCUAAAGUAUUUCAAGUAGGGAGCUGCUCAUCUGGAAAUGUUACCCCCCUCCCCCACAAUAUACCCUAUAUAUAUAUAUAUAUAUAUAUAUAUAUAUAUAUAUAUAUAUAUAUAUAUAUAUUACCCUAUCAGGGUACUUAUUCUCUUCUAUAGUAGCCAGUAGCAGCAGUAUAGUCUGUUUAUUUAGAGUUGUCUUUAUCCUUUUCCAUCAUGCCUAGAGCUAUGAUGGUCUACUGUAACCCAAGGUCCUUGGUUUUCCUGUAUUACAGGCAGAAGUAUUCACUGCUAACUAUAUGAGUAUUGGACAGCUGUCUUAUUUUAAAUCAUAGGCUGAUCCAAUAAGCUAUUAAUUAGCCCUUCUGCUGGUUUUCCAUAUUUUGUCUAGAGAAGGCACACCAGAGGUUGAGUGUUAAAUUCCUUUUUUUUUUCAUUGAAACCAUCUCCCUUGUGUUUACAGCUUCUUCAGAGAGAGGUGUACUCAAGUGCAGUGACCCAUCUCCAUGAUCCUGUACCAAAUGCUAAAGCUCUCAAUGUAUGGAUCUAAGAACAUUCUGAAGAGCACAUGGCACAAAGAAUGGAAUAAAUGUUGAGUUGUAGUUUGUUCAAAAUAAAA